AUGAAAGUAGAUGAAUUUCUGAGCAGUGAUCUUUGGCAACACGGUCCAUUCUGGCUUAGUCUGCAUAGGGAAAACUGGCCAACAACAACCAAUGCGAACAACCAUUCCGAUGAAGUUUUGGAGCGACGCGUCAUGGUGGCGGCCGUUCAAAAUCGGCCAACCGUAAACGACAUUUUCUUGCGAACCACAUCCUACCAACGACUGCUCCGUAUAACGGCCUACUGCCUACGGUUUAUCAAUGCCUGCCGUCAACGAGAAUCAUCCGAUCGACCAGAAGGAAGCACCGUACUCACCGUAGAGGAAUUGUCCAUGUCUCGCAAGAAGCUGGUGAAAUUGGCCCAAGCCGAUUCGUUUGGUGAAGAGAUUAGGGAAUUGGGUAGAGGGAAAACAGUUUCGAAACGGUCGAAUUUGCGCCUAUUGAGUCCAUUUCUUGAUUCAGAUGGAAUCAUUCGAGUCGGGGGUAGACUAAAUCUAUCUGAGCAGCCUUACCACACGAAGCAUCCAAUCCUACUUCCCAGUUCCCAUCCUUUCACACGUUCUGUUGCUAUCGAUUACCACAACAAACUGUUGCAUGGUGGCGGCCGUGUAACAUUAGCAGAAAUGCGGCAAGAAUACUGGCCGAUUCAGGGGCGAAGGUUGAUGAACAGCAUCAUGCGUAAUUGUUUUCGAUGCAUUCGAGCAUCUCCAAUACCAGCAACACAACAAACAGGACAACUACCGCAGCGAAGAAUAACACCAAGCAAGCCUUUCACCGUCACCUGCGUUGAUUACGCUGGCCCAGUGUACCUUAAACCAGCACAUAAGCGAGCAUCCGCUAUCAAAGCAUACAUUUGUGUUUUCGUGUGCUUUGCAACAAAAGCAGUUCACAUCGAACUGGUUAGCAGCCUUUCUACCGCUGCCUUCAUAGCAGCAUUGCGACGAUUCGUUUCUCGCCGUGGUCGACCGACUCAUAUGUACUCCGACAACGGCAAGAAUUUCGAGGGAGCACGCAACGAAUUAAGGGAGCUGCACCAAUUACUUCUGCGUGAGAGACAAUCAGGAGAAAUUGCUACCAUUUGUGCGACCGACGGAAUCAAAUGGCACAUGAUACCACCGAAAGCACCACACUUCGGUGGCCUAUGGGAGGCGGCUGUUAAAACGGCAAAGAAGCACCUGCGCAAACAACUCGGCAACAUCGCACUAUCCUUCGAGGACAUGAGCACUAUUCUGGCGCAGAUUGAGGCCUGCAUGAACUCGAGGCCUCUUACACCGAUGACUGAAAUUCCGGACGAUUUGGCGAUUCUAACAUCCUCGCAUUUUCUUAUCGAAUCUUCCCUUUUCGCUUUGCCAGAAACUGACGUCACAAUGAUUCCGCUAAAUCGUCUUGACCACUACCAGAAGCUUCAGGAACGAGUCCAAAAGUUCUGGUAUCUUUGGCGCACUGACAAUCUCCAUGAAUUGCAGAAAGAAACAAAACAAUCAACUGCAAUUACCGCCUACCAGCCUGGGAAAAUGGUAAUAUUGGUAGAUGAGUCUCUACCACCUGUAAGAUGGCCGCUAGCAAGAAUAACUGCAACACACCCUGAAAGCGACGGAUUAAUCCGCGUCGUGACACUCCGGACCAGCAAAGGAAUCAUUCGAAGACCUAUCACCAAGAUAUGCCUGCUACCGUACGAUGAUGCUGCACCUAAAAAUGAAGAUAAUUAG